UCAGUCCACAUGCUCAGUAUGCUCACUGCACUGUCAUGGACUUAGUAACCAAACCAAGAAGUUACAGUUUAGCUAGUCACACAUUCAUACAUUCUUUGGAGGACAACAACAUUUUGUCUCGACAGAUCAGAUACAAUAUUUAACAGGAUCAGGACACAGUGAAGCAAAAAGGGAACCCAACCAAUAUAAAUCACUGACAUUCAGCAUCAGAUCAACCAUUGGUUUUACUGCAGAUGGACCUACAAGCCGCUCCUACACCCAGGAAAGGGGGAAAGCUUCCACACCUGAAAGGGGGGAGCAGCCUAAGGAGAAGCACCCAGUAGGAUCCAUUAACAGCUGCAUGCUCCAACUCACAAGGCGAGCGUGCAAUUUCACUAGCAAGGACCACAAUCAACGGGAACACAUGGACUGAGUAACCCUCAGGUUACUUUUAGACCCAUGGACUGUUCGGUCUUUUGACUUGCUCUGAAGACUGCUGCAUGCACCCCACUCUUCACACGUAAGGGGGGGAUGUUGGGCCUCACAGUCUAGUAGAACAAAGACUGGGCCUUCUGAUGUCCUACAAGCCAGACCCCAGCCUGUUGGAAUCCCCAAAGCUGCCUAUGCGGCUUAACUAAACAAAGGGGGUCAGAGAACAAUAGAAAGCCCAGAUGGCCCCGGUCAGUUAAAUCACACCUACCUGUGAACUCUUAACUUUUAAAACCAAACCAAAGGUUUGUAUUGGCUAAAGCUUUCAGGGGGCGGAGUAAUCCCAGGAAGCACAGCCAUUUUGUCAACGGAGGUAUAAAACCGAACACCUACGAACCCUCAUUGCCAUUCCCAGUUCUCCAGAGGACUGUAAGGAGGUAAAAAAACACUGCCUUUCUGCAACUGCACCAGCAGCAACAGGAGGUAUUUUCUUUCAGCGCUGAACUUUCUUUGUUCCUGAAUAUAGACUUCACUUGCCGGACGAGCAACUCUGUUUUCUUCUUUCUUUUUACCUCUAUUAUUUUUUUUGUGUUACCAACAUAAUUUUGGAUCCCUAAAGAAACUGUUAUACACAAGAUAACGUUUCGUGCCUGCAGAACAAGACGGAUAAACUCCGUGCUUAACUGAGAGAAGAUCACCUCCGUGUUAUACCUUCUCAACCAACGUCGACUUCACUGAUUACUAUUGCUGCCGCAAAAGAAUCAACCGUGCCGUUGAACAUACCGGCAUCGUCAGAACCGAGCCGACAGAAACUCCGCUGGAUUUCCCAAAAGGACUGACGCAUCUACUCGCUAUCAAAGCGACACUUUCAGGUGAGAUGUCCUCCCAAGUCAGACUGAGGCUGCUGCCGAGCGCCAGGUGUUUGUUUGACGAGCCCGUUCAGGUGAAGGUGGCCGGGCUGAGGUCGAGACAGGUGGUCACCAUGAAAGCCAGAUCAACUGACGAGAAAGGAGUGGUGUUCAGCUCCUCAGCCACCUACAGGGCUGAUGGGAGCGGGGAGAUCGACCUGAAGAGAGACCCCUCGCUCAGUGGCAGCUAUGUCGGGGUUGAACCCAUGGGUCUACUGUGGUCGAUGAGGGCUGACACCUUGCACAGAAAGUUUCAAAAUACAAAUGCACUAAACCCCCACGUGGUGAAGGUCUCUGUGCACGAGGAGGAAGGGGAGGAAAGGAUGCUCGCAGAGGCGAACAACGAGAGGCUUCUGAUUGGAGACAGGGUCAGCCGGCUCCCUGUCAAAGAGGGGAAUAUCCGCGGAGUCCUGUUUACUCCCCCAGGAGAAGGUCAGUUUCCCGCUGUGUUGGAUCUGAGCAGCUUUAAGUCUGAGACAAGAGCCUCUCUGCUGGCAAACAAAGGGUUUGUGGUUCUGAAUGUAGCAGUGUUCUCUGAUAAGCCUGAUAACGUGAAAGAGCUCCAUCUGGACCACUUUAAAGAAGCAGUGGAUUUCUUACUACAACAUUCUAAGGUGGGCAGUAAAGGAGUUGGUGUAAUAUCACGAUCUAAGGGGGCAGAUAUUGCGCUUUCACUUGCUGCUUAUGUGCCAGGUGUUGAGGCCACAGUGUGGAUCAAUGGCUGCAGCGCCAAUACGGUCAUUCCUCUUUACUACAGAAAACGCCAAAUCCUCUCACCAGUAGUGUGUGACUUCAGCAAGUUGAUUCCUGUUGAGUCAGGGGCCUUCUUUAUCAUGGAUGGUGUUACAAAUCCCCUGGCAGAGGAAAACAAGGGAAGCCUGAUCCCAGUUGAGCAAGCCAAGGGAUGUUUCCUGUUUGUGGCUUCAGAGGACGACCUCAACUGGGACAGUAAAGGUUACAUGGAGGAGAUGGUGGAGAGACUGAAGCGUCAUGGGAAGGACAACUUUGAGAGUGUGUGUUACCCGAGAGCUGGACACCUACUGGAGCCGCCUUAUGGACCGUUCUGUCCCUCUAGUGUGCAUGGGUUUGUACUCAAAUCAGUUCUGUGGGGGGGUGAGCCCAGCUCCCACGCAGCAGCUGAAAUCCACCUGUGGAAGAAGAUCCAGGAGUUCUUCAGAACCCACCUGAGCUGUGAUGCCACGCAGACUAAAGCCAAGUUAUAGAUGCAAAUAGGUUUACAUAAAAGAACAAAUAAGAAAAUCAUGAAAUCAAGGCUGGCAGUUAACCUGAUAUAAUUGUUUAUGAAGCUGAAUGUUUUGUAAUUAAGUGAACAAUUUAAUAAUUUGAUUGUUCAUGGAAUAUAUCAAGUUGAAAUGUUAUGACCGAUUACAACCUGUUUCAGGCUUACUACACUGAACAAAAUUAUAAACGCAACUCUUGUUUUUGCAACCAUUCAUCAUGAGCUGAACUCAAAGAUCUAAGACUUUCUCUGUGUACACAAAAGGCCUAUUUCUCUCAAAUAUUUUUCACAAAUCAAUAAGUUCUGUAUAUUUGUUAUAGUUAUUGCUUUUUCCUUGCUUUUUCCUAGUGAAUGAAUGCUCUAAUUUGAUUAUGAUCUGUUAGAGUACCGUCUAUCUAUUGAUUGUUUUCAUUUGCCUUUUAGCAUAAAUAAGCAAAUGAGGAAUUGAGUUUAACUUAUAUGGACUCUAAAUGAGCCGAGUGGAAUGGAUUUGAAGGCGACAUCUGUAUAUUUAUUUAAUUUUCAUAGCCAAUGAAAGCAGAGUAUCCAUCUGGUCAAUGAAUGGAAGGAUUAACAGGGACACUAUGACAUUUAGUUUUCACUGACUGGCUCUCAUCUCUGGUCCUCAUACUUAACUGGUGUGCCAAUGCUCUAUAGAUUAGCCAGCUUCCACAAAGGCAAGUUUCUACGUGCACAAAAGGCCUAUUUCUCUCAAAUCUGUCAAAAUCUGUGUUAGUGAGUGCUUCUCCUUUGCCGAGAUAAUCCAUCCAUCUCACAGGUGUGGCAUAUCAAGAUGCUGAUCAGACAGCUAGAGCCUUUGCCGUUUUCAAACUGCUGAAAUUAGCCUAGACUUUCCCUGUGCUCAUAGCUUAAUACAUUGUUAUAUAAUUAUACUAUUUCUUACUCACCGCUGGUUUGAAGCGCUGCCUCUCCCGACAGAACAACACGGUUGAAUUUCAUGCUGCAUUCACAUUUGGUUGAAACAGCAGCUGAUAUUUCCUUCGCGAUAGCAACAAGCUCGCACAUUCAGGCAGUUGGGAGGCCUUUUUACUUUGAAAUGUGGAAAUUACGUCAUUAGCGGGAUUCAGCAGGCAUCAUCACGUGGUCUCUGAAAACAACCGAAUGACACGAGUCGAUUUUCUUUCCAUUGGCGUCCAAAACUCCGUGUGUGAAGAACAGAGAUCGACAAAUACAGGCGGCACUCACAAAUGCCUAUUUGAAAGUUGUAAAUGUUAGGAAGAUAUUCACAAAUGUGGUUCAUUUAUUUGUAAACUAUUAAAUAUAUUCACAGAUA